CCGCCUUCUGCUUCUUGGCGCUCUGCAGAUACGCAGAGAAUAAUAACGAGACGAGCCUUUCGUCCUCUCCUGAGAUCCUCCCAUGAGGAUUACAAAGGAGUAGUUCUUCCGAAACGACUGAUAGAAACCCUAGAUCCUCUUCUCGCAUUGACAGUAUGGGUGGAUCGCCCUAGACUUCACCACAACUUUGAAGAGCUGUGCCGUUUUGAUCGCCUAUUGAUUCUUGAGAAUAAUCGAUCCAUCGGUGGUGUGGAUGGCGAGCGGGCACGUGAUUAAGCGUGCCAAGUACAAGACUUCAGUGAAGGACCCAGGAACUGCUGGUGUUCUCAAAAUGGCUUGGGACAGACUUAUUUUCACGCCUAAUCAUCCCAACUCUGCAUCAAAGCUUGAUGUGGAGUUUAGAUUUAUUAAAGGUCAUAAAAACACGAAAGAGGGAUCAAAUAAACCGCCAUGGCUCAACCUCACCAAUGAUCAAGGUGGAAGUUACAUAUUUGAAUUUGAAAGUUACUCUGAUCUCCACAUUUGCAGAGAUUUUGUAGGAAAAGCCAUUGGGAGAUCUGGGGACACUCCAGCAGCUGCCUCUGGAAAGACUGAUGCCUCUUUUCCUGAAGAACAAAUCAGCACAGCUGAAUUGGAGCUCCGCAUCAAGCUUUUGAGAGAAAACAGUGAGUUGCAGAAACUUCACAAGCAACUUGUGAUUGGUGGGAUCCUGACGGAAGCGGAAUUCUGGGCGACAAGGAAGAAAUUGUUGGAUAGAGAGUCGAAUAGAAAAUCAAAACAACGCGUGGGCUUCAAAAGUGCCAUGAUUUCAGACAUUAAACCAGCAACAGAUGGCAGGACAAACAAAGUUACUUUUAGCUUGACACCAGAAGUGAUCCUUCAGAUUUUUGCUGAGAAGCCCGCAGUUCAUGCAGCAUUCUUGAGUUAUGUUCCAAGUAAGAUGACAGAGAAGGACUUCUGGACCAAGUACUUUAAAGCGGAGUACCUUCACAGCACAAAAAAUGCUGUUGCUGCUGCUGCGGAGGCUGCUGAAGAUGAAGAGCUUGCUAUUUUUCUCAGGAAUGAUGAUAUAUUGGCCAAGGAAGCAAGGCAGAAGAUCCGACGGGUUGAUCCUACUGUAAACAUUGAAGCUGACCAAGGAGAUGACUACACACACUUGCCUGAUCAUGGCAUUUUUCGUGAUGGUGGCAAAGAUAUUACUGAACUGCAACAUGAGCUUUACAGGAGGACUUUAGCUCACGACCUUAAUCGGCAUGCUGCAGUAGUGCUUGAAGGAAGAACAGUAGAGGUGGAAUUGGAAGACACAAGGACAGUUGCAGAGGCACUUGCUAAGUUUAAACGCGUUGAAUCGGCUAAUGAGGAUUCUGAUGGGAACGCUAACCAGGGGAGAUUGGAAAGGAUCUCUCGUAUCACAGAGAUUGAGGACCUUCAGGCACCUCACGGUCCACCACUUGCUCCUCUCUGCAUAAAAGAUCCCCGAGACUACUUUGAUUCCCAGCAAGUCAAUGCCAUUAAAGCCUCAGCAGUGGCAGAGGGAAAAAAGAGCAAUUUGAGCUCCAGAGAAGCAUACGGAUCUCUGAGGGACUCAAUAUCACAGACUAAACAAAUGGGACUUCACAAUCCUGUUGUAAAGACUAAAGAUGCUCUUCAGGUUUUCAAUGCGCUGUCCCAUGAUAUAUCAAGAACCAAGUAUGAUGUUGGAAAGAAUCCUCAGGAUAGUGUUCUGGACAAGUUGCCAAGCACAACCAAAGAGCAGCUUCUUCAUCAUUGGACGUCCAUACAAGAAUUACUGAGGCACUUCUGGUCGUCAUAUCCAAUUACGAGUUCUUACCUUUAUGCGAAGGUAAACAGACUGAAGGAUGCCAUGUCACAAAUUUACCCACAGCUUGAAGAGAUCAAGAAAUCUGUGCCAGCCAACCAUAAGCAGCAUGUUUCCGUUCUUGUUCGCCAAAUGCAUCAGGCCUUAGAUGCUGCUUUUCAGCAUUAUGAUGCAGACUUGCAGAAGCGAUCUGCAAAGAGCAGCGAGAGACCAAAUGGAUUUGCCUAGAUUAAUUUAUGCUCACUGUGCAAGUUUAUUUGCGGAGACUAGUGGCAGUCCAUGGAAGAAGUGGGGGGAUAGGAAAAUGGCCCAUUUUGACGAUGCUACAAGAUCCAUGGCCACACUAUCCGUGCUCAGGGCACUACUUUUGCCGAAUUGCCAUUGAAUGAAUAGACCCCAUCACGGAUCAAUUUUGGUGAGUGCCUAUAUUUAUUGUAGGAAAAAAAACUCGUUUGGGGAUUGAGGCCAUUGACUUGAUGUACUGUGUUAUGAGUUCCACAAAUGUGAGGGAACCAUCAAUGAGAUUUGAGGAGAUGCACACAACUAAUUUUCCCCCUCUUUUAAGUUGAUAUGCUCUUAUAGUGCAUGGGUUACUGUUAUCCUGGUCUUCUGCAGAGCAAAGAAUCACUUCCGGAAGGAAACCCAUCCGGUUUCUUGUUGUUGCCUUGAA